AUGGGAUGCAUGCUCUUUGAAUUGUUCACGGGCCAACCACCUUUCGAUUCCUUUUUGAUAAAGCCUAGGAUACUCGUUGGGCAAAUGCGCGAGAUGGCAGGUGAUAAUCUACCUGAAAGAUGGCACGACAAAUGGAAUAAGAUGAGCGCAGGGGACUACGCAACUGCAGAAGAGCGAGGGCCCAACUUGCAGGAAUGGCUCGAGGAGGUGUAUUUUGAUCACCCGCAGAGCCCUGAUCUUACCAGGGAGGAUGUAGCGAGACUGGGGCAAAUCAUUGGAACGUUAUUGCAGUUCGAGCCGUCCGCAAGGGCGUCAGCAGGACAAGUUUUGGAUGACCCUUGGUUCAAGGAGUGA